AAGCAUCGAUCGCUUGAAUCGAGUAGGCGAGGAUGAACAAUUGCUGCCUCCCCCACCCGAUACCUGUACGGGACAGGAGCUGGUCCGAGUCUAACCCUUCCCCAAUGAAGAACAACUACAAGGCUAUGGCCGGAACAAAACCGGCGAUGCCAACUUCCACGCAUCCGGCGACCGCAGUCGAUCUGAAGGCAUGGUUGAAGCAGUUCGACCAAAACGGGGAUGGCAUCAGCAGGAGGGAGCUCCGGGGCGCCAUAUGUGCUGCCAACGUCACAUGGCUGAAAGGCUCCUGGACGAGCUUCUGGGCAAUUCAUGCCGCCGACGCCAACGGCGAUGGCCUCAUCGAUGAUCGGGAGUUGGACAAACUUGUCGAGUAUCUGAUGACGCAUCUGGCACGUAUGCGUAUCUGAUAUUGGCAGAGCUACCAAGCAAGUGUCUCCACCGUUCUCUUCAAGUUAAAUAAAGCAGUAGCCCGCGUAUAUCUCUCUGCGAACAACCGGAUCUCAUCUUCUUCUUCUGCUUCUUCUACUCAGUCUCACUCUCUAGCUUGUGUUGUGUGUUAAUUGUAACUUUGGAAAAGAUAAAAUGAAGUAGUGUGGUGGGUUCAGCUUAA